AUGGGUUGCGGGAUGAGCCGCCUUGCCAAGGCCACGAUCGCCGUGGUGAUCAUGGUCAUGCUCUUCAUGCCCGCCGCCAUGGCGGCCGCCAGCUUCGACGCCACCCGGAGCCAGCACCUGCCGCUGCCGCGCGGGACGGUCCGCGGGCCGGAGAGUGUCGCCUUCGACGGCAAGGGCCAGGGCCCCUACAGCGGCGUCUCUGACGGCCGUGUCCUCAAGUGGAACGGCGACAAGCUCGGCUGGACCACCUACACGCACGGCCCCGGCUACGACAGCAAGAUGUGCACGGCCACCAAGUUCCGCCCGGAGACCGCGACCGAGAGCCAAUGCGGCCGCCCGCUCGGCCUUCGGUUCGACCAGAAGACGGGAGACCUAUACAUCGCUGACGCGUACAAGGGCCUCAUGCGGGUUGGCCCAGGCGGCGGGGAGGCAACGGUGCUGGUCAAUAGCGUUGAUGGCAUACCUCUAAGUUUCACCAACGGGGUUGACGUUGACCAAACUACCGGUCAGGUCUACUUCACGGACAGCUCUAUGAACUACAACAGGGCGCAGCACGAGAUGGUGACGAGAACGGGGGACUCGACGGGCCGCCUCAUGAGGUACGAUCCGCGGACUUCAGAUGUUACGGUGCUCCAAUCAGACAUGACCUACCCUAAUGGCGUCGCCGUUAGCACCGACCGUACUCACCUUGUGGUUGCGUCAACCGGUCCUUGCAAACUACUAAGGCACUGGAUCAAAGGCCCCAACACAGGAAGAUCCGAGCCUUUUGCCGACCUCCCGGGUUACCCUGAUAAUGUGAGACCUAGCAACAAGGGAGGUUAUUGGGUGGCUUUACACCGUGAGAAAAACGAGCUUCCUUUUGGCCGGGAUAGCCAUCUGCUUGCUGUGAGGGUCGGCUCCAACGGGAAGAUACUAGAAGAGAUGAGAGGUCCCAAGAGUGUGAGACCGACGGAGAUAAUGGAGAGGAACAACGGCAAAAUCUACAUGGGUUCCGUGGAGCUGCCUUAUGUCAGUGUAGUUAAACGCAAAUAG